UAUAUUUCAGUUCAAACAAUUCAAACAAUUUAACACAAUUUAACAACGGGAAUGCUCUUAAAUGUAUUAUUUUCAAGAGGAUUAUUUUUGCAGUUGUUCCACUAGCAAAUGAUCUGAUGCAAUUAAAGUUGUUACAUUUGUUUGAUGAACGGAAUAAAAUACUAUGAAUAAAGUUUUUGUUUACAUAAAUGUGUAUACUAUAUUGAAAUUAACAUUAAGUACAGACUAUGAACUCGUUUGCGAUACAGGACAGUAUGUGACGUCAGAGGUGAAGAUAAAUUUUACGGUUAGAGGGCAGGAUAGUUUGUUCGGGUGCAUGAAUGGAUUGAGCCCUGAAGAUAGCAGAACAUAUCCUGGCUCACCAGAAAAGUUGACGUACAUUGUAUCACAAGAUGGUGCAAAUUUCUCUUUGCUUUGGAAACCACCUGACGAUUCGUCCAUAGAUCAUGUGACUGGGUUCCUGGUAGAGAUGUUUGUUGAAGAUUUUGAGAACACAUUUGACUCUGAUCCAUCCAAAUGCUACUUAAUUAAAAGUAGUCUGGGAUUCUCUUCUUAUGAGGGAGCAGUACCACAGGAUGCCGUGUUUCAACUAAACUGCAAAAUACAGAAAUACCUAAAUGUGAGGAUAAGUAUUAUAUCAUUACCUGCACCUGCAAUAGGACGGUCAUACAAGGAGGCCUCUAUAUAUGUUCUUUUACAAGGAACAUCCACAAAGACCACACAAACAGAUUUAAAGUCAAUGACAUCAUUUAUUGCGAAACAAUCAAGAGAUGAUGUUGAAACUAAUAAUACUUCAACUCUUCUUGCUAUUUCGCUGGUUGUUGUUGGACUCUCUUUCGGGGCCAUGACAACUGUUAUAUACCUUGUGUAUAGGCACAGAAAUCACACAUACACAGUCACACGUACAAAAGAUGGCACGAGUUUGCCCGAUAGUUCAAUGCCCGAUGAUCACUACUUCAAUAGAUCUGAUGCUAUACCAAAUACCACACCAUAUAGAAAAGGCACACUUGAUUUGAAAAAUGAAAUGGUGGAAAUAAAGUGCAUAGGAAACUCUAUGUAUAAUAAUCAUCACACAGGAAUGCUAUAUUCAAACAAUAUAUCACAACAUCAUUCAGAUUAUGGUUCUGAAAUAAACGUGCAUCGAGAUAAGAAAACAACUGAUAGAUCCAUACCUGACUCAUAUCGAAUAAAACUCCAGGCAAUUAAUUUAGACAGUUAAUUUUUCAUAUUCCAAUCCUUAAUCUCAAUAAUUGCACGUAGGGUUUAUAUGAUCCAGGACUUAUAUAUUGACCUGAAUCAAAAACAAAAACGAACUAUUGAUAAGAUGUUUUAAACAAUGAUACUAUUUUUGUGGAAUAACAAGUUGUGCACAAAUGAAGAGUUAGAGUGAAAAACAACAGUAACAGUUUUAUUGACUGUCGAGUAAAUAAAUGCAAAAUGAAAAAGGCCUUUGUCUCUUUUUUUACUACAUUUAAAAAAUUGGUUGCAAAGUCAAUAAUUGUAUCAUUAACAUCACCAAUUAUCAAAACUAGAGAUUUUUAUGGUUUUAUUUUACUGUUUCAUCUCUCAUGUGCGUGUCUAUAAAUUAAAACAUACGAUCCUUUAGACGGCAGCAAAACCAUCUAUAAUUUGUAAUCCUCUUUGCAUAUAUUGAAAUGUUUACUUGUCAAAAUUAAGAAAACAAUAUUUGUAAAAUUUAUAAUUUUCGUUAUCUUUGCCUGUUUUC